ACAGUUGAAAUGGAUAAGGUAGAAAAUUAGGAAAAGAAAAAAAGGGGAGAAAAGAAGAAAAGUGAUAAUAAUGGUGAAAAGGAAAAGAGUUGGACAGAAAAGACAAAGAGGUGGCGGGAACGCGUCUUGAUUACUGCGAAGAACGCGGCAUUAUUGUUGGGCAAAAACAGUGGGCGUGUCAACAGGACUUUGUAUCCUCAUCUAUAACACUUCACACCUGUCCUUCUCUCCCCUUUACUCUCUCUCUCUCCUCUCUCUCUCUCUCCACUCUUGCCCCCUAUUUUUGCUUCAUUUUUUUCAAUACUAUUCUACUUUACUUAGUAUAUUAUAGGCUGCUCUGUAUAAAUAGACACCAUGACAGGCAAAGAAAUCCUCCACAAGAUGAAGGAAAAGGUUGGGUUAGGUUCAUCAGAUGCUGACUCUGGAAAAGGAAAGAGCAAGAUGUCAAAGAACAUUACGCAUGGCUUUCACUUGGUAAAGGGAAAAUCCCAUCAUGCCAUGGAAGAUUAUGUCGUUGCACAGUUUAAGCAACAUGACGACAAAGAGCUUGGUCUGUUUGCAAUCUUUGAUGGUCAUUUGAGCCAUAAUGUACCUGAUUAUCUGAGGUCUCAUUUGUUUGACAAUAUUUUAAAGGAGGCUGACUUCUGGACGGAACCAGAGAAAGCGGUCAAGAGAGCUUAUCGUGUAACCGAUGCUAACAUUUUGGAAGAAGCAGUUGAUUUGGGUAAGGGUGGUUCAACUGCAGUUACAGCAAUAUUGAUUGAUUGUAAAAAGCUGGUAGUAGCAAAUGUUGGGGAUUCCCGAGCUGUUAUCUGUAAGAAUGGCGCAGCCAAACAACUAUCAGUUGAUCAUGAGCCAAGCGUGGAAAGGGGGAGCAUUGAGCAGAGAGGCGGUUUUGUAUCAAACUUUCCAGGUGAUGUUCCACGAGUUGACGGUCAAUUGGCAGUGGCAAGGGCAUUUGGUGACAAGAGCUUGAAGAAACACCUGAGUUCAGAGCCUGAUGUGUCAGUGGAGUUUAUAGAAAAUGACACAGAGUUUGUUAUCCUGGCAAGUGAUGGAUUAUGGAAGGUAAUGUCAAACCAAGAAGCAGUAGACUGUAUCAGGCAAAUCAAGGAUGCUAGAUCAGCAGCAAAGCACCUUACUGAAGAGGCACUUAAUAGGAAGAGCACGGACGAUAUUUCCUGCGUAGUUGUAAGAUUUCAGUGAACUAAGGAUUGCUCUCCCCGCUUAUGUUUGGUAAAAGUCUCUGUUUCAAGUGAUGUUUUGACAUCCGUUGUGUAGAAAUAAAACUGAUGCCUUACAUUGUGCCAUAUUAAAGGCUUUUAUUUUGGGUUUCUCUGUAUCAGUGUCUAAUGUGCAAGCAAACCGUGAGAGAACUGCCUAAUUUACUUGUUCUGGAAAAUAGUGUUCUUUCCUUUCUUUUGGGGUAAUACCCUUGAGAAUCUAGCUUCCAUAAUAAGGAAAGGGAAAAAAAUGUAAAUGAAUUAUCAGGCAGAAAGGUAGGUGAAAUGUUAUUGUUUCUAGUUCUUUUGAAUUGUAGAAAGAAUCAUUCGUGCUGGAGAAUGCAGUCGUGUUGGUUGGUCUAUUGGACAAAAUAGACUAAUAGAAAUUGCUUUGUAAAACAUGCUGGGACCCAAAAGUAUCUUAUGUAUGGUAUUAGUGUAUGAGACCCUCUUUUCAUAUGUAUGUGGGACUCAAUACAGAUGGGACUUAAAUAUGUAUCUUGAGGGCGAUGUUGAAUAUAGUCCAAUGUUCUAAAUACC